AUGGGUUUCUUCAAAUCGCUCAAGGGGAAAGUGGACGUAGGCACGUCAGACCAGCAAUACGAGAAUCCACAAUACACCUCCGGCACGCACGACGAGCUGUCCGCUGCCAACGACAAGCGGCGUAUGUUCGGCGGCUCAUCCCGCUCAAACCAACCACAAGCACAAUCCUCAGCGCCGCCAUGUUCACCUCCCUCUGGUCCGCCACCCUCUUCAACCGGCAAAGGAGAAUAUCAACCACCCUCAAACCCACCACCCACCUCCAAUCCUCAACCCUACCACGACUGGACCUCCGUCCCAGACACUUCCCUCCUCCCGCCACCACCCUCCUUUCCCAGCGAAUUUUCUCCAACCAACAACGCCAGCGACGAAGCCGCCGACGCCGCCUACCAAUGGUGCGCCCAAUUCCCACCAUACUCCCCCGUUGCCCCCUCCGACUCCCUCAUCACCGCCUCCAACAACCAGCAACUAAUCCUCGAGCGCCCCGAACCCUUCGCCCGCUCCGCUAGUCUCACCCAACCCCGCCCACAAGUCUUCCACAUCCGCACCAAACCCCAUCACCGGGACGUCGUCUCCCUCUCCAACCUCCCGCUGUACUUCGCCGCCGCCCACCACCCCUUACACACCGAACGCCCCAAGACCAUCUACUUCGAGCUCCUGAUUAUCAAACUCGCGGACGCCAACUCAGCUUUUGGGAUCGGCUUCGCCGGCAAGCCCUACCCACCAUGGCGCCUGCCAGGCUGGAACCGCGCUUCUAUCGGCGUGCACUCCGACGAUGGAAGGCGGUAUGUCAAUGACUCUGGCGGUGGUGUUGAGAUGCUCCAGCAGCCGCUCGUGGCAGGCGAGACGUUCGGGGUGGGGAUGCGGUUUAGCACAGAGGCGAAGACGGAUGUUACGGUCAAGACGCGGUGUUUUGUGACGCGGAAUGGGAGCGAGGUUGGUGGGUGGGAUGUGGACGAGGAGCGGGAUAAGGAUGUCGGCGGUGGGGAGGGUAUUGCGGGAUUGGAAGGCGAGGGGGAUCUGUAUGUUGCGGUUGGGCUUUUCGGGGGUGUCGAAGGUGAGGUGAGGCUCAGUCCCAGGGAUUGGAGCUACGUGCCGGAGGGAAUUUGA